UUUUUUUGUUUCAAAGACGACAUGAGAAUUGCUCUUUGAAUUCAGAUGCUCAUGCAUUUCUCUAGCAAAAAAAAAAACAUUCUGUAGUUAGAUCUGGAGAACUGCUUAUCAGAAGCAGAUUUAUAUGAGAAUUAACUUGUAAAAAAUAGUGUAGCUCUACUUUAGGUCCACAGUGGAAAGACAUAGGUCUUCAAUAUGUAUUACCAAUAGGCCAGAAUUGAAUUUGAAUUUGCCACGAUAUUGAAUUUGUUACAAAAUCUCUGAAACAGAGCAACUAGAGUCAAUUGGAACUGAACUUUUCAUCAGAGAAACAGCGACCUAGAAAAAAUACACGCAGAUUCAACCAGUAGAAAAUGAAGACCUUAACUAUUUGCACUUCAGACAAGAGACAAUGAAGAACCCCCUGCUGGCAGCUAUCUUUUUAUUUGCAACUGAUUCCUGCAACCGCAUAAACCGCGAUUUUCCAUUUUGCCGGCAGCUGCCAGACUGGGACAGCGAACUGGUAUGCUACAAAGAAUUAAGUGAGGAUCUAACCUGUAUCUGGCUGCCACUACCCAGUGCUCCGAAUACCAUUAAUUAUACUGUAUUCUUAAAAUGGGACAGAAUUCCAAAACUUUUUCAGCAAAACACAUCAUCGUCUUACAUCACGAUAGAACGCAAAAAUCUUUACAUGAAGCGAUCUGCAUCUAUUUGGAUAGUAGUGAAUUACCCCCAUGGCAGUUGUGUGAAAGGGAAGAACAUCUCAGUUACACCAAGCAAAGCAGGGAAGUGCUUGACAGCAUCUAACAUAAAUGCUUAUCAGAUUACAAACCGAUUGAUAAUAGACUGGGCCCUGCCUGCAACUCCUACACCAUAUGAGCUGAGAUACAGAGAGGCAUUUACAGAAUCCACUCGGUGGACACUGGUGCCUGUAGAAAGCAAUGCUGUCAAUGUCACCAUUUUGAAUGUAAACGCUACGUCUUCAUACAUUGUUCAGCUCAGAUGCAUAGCCAAGGAUGGUCUCCACUGUGUUUGCAUUUGGAGUAAAGAGAUUUUGGUCCCUCACAAACUCAUGAACAAGCCAAGAAUAUCAUAUAAUGCAACUACAGAAAUCUCUCCAGGCAGAAGAAGUGUUCUUCUGAAGUGGGAGGUAACACAAAGUGAGAACAUCCUUGGAUAUUACAUUAACGUGGAAAGAACACCCAACAGUUGCAGGGAUUCACCAAAUCGCCUCUUUCUAAAGGACAGAAAAGUUCUUCUGAAUCUCUCCAUGGCUUAUUACACAGUUAAUAUUUCCGCCUAUAACAAAGCAGGAGAGUCUCCACAAGCCAUCUAUGUUGUUCCAGAUUUCUAUGCAAGAGACUUGCCUGGCCAAAUCCAUGUCAAAAAACAGGGAACUGAUGCAGUUGUCACCUGGAUUCCAGAAUACAAUCCAAAAUGUUUUGUGGUUGACUGGGGCACUGGUAAAGAGGAUAUGCGCAUGAAAAUAAUAACUACAGCCACUGGAAACUUCACGUUAGACAAUUUUCAGCCAUAUAAGUUGUACAAAAUAAUGGUACAUGCAACUGAUGUGUGUCAAUGUGAAAAUUUCACAAGGCAUGAAAAGACUUUUGGAGUGACCCACUUUUACUCAGUUGAAGGAGUUCCUAGGACGGGUCCUGCUAAUGUGACAAUUCUGAAUAUCACAAAACAUUCUGCAUUUGUGAAGUGGACCAAAAUAGCUGCCAAAGACUGUUUGGGCUUUCUCCAGGGAUACAGGAUCACCUACACAGAUUCAUCGAGGAAAAAAUCUCUGACUGUUACUGUCAAUUCUUCUACCACAAGUUACCAUCUUACUAGACUGAAGGCAAAAACCAUGUACCGUGUGCAGAUUUCAGGAUUCACUAAUGCUGGUGAAGGACCUCGGACUCUUUCACAACCUUUCAGCACUCCGAAAUAUGAUAAAGGAGAAUUUGAAGGCUUUGUGACUGGUCUUUGCUUCAGCAUGCUCUUCAUUCUGGUUUUUGCACCUCUCACUUGUUCUCUGGCACUUAAAAGGCUGAAAAUAAAAUGCUGGCCCAGCGUACCGAGUCCAAGAAACAGCAGCGCACUCCAAGAUAUGACUAAUUGGAAACCUGUUUCAAGGUCACUGCUUCAGGCCCUGUCUGACAAUGAUACUAUCAGCCUUUAUGUCAUAGAGCAUGAGUCAAAGACUUCUUUGAAAUUAGACCUCUUUACAGAUAGUGGAGAAGACAGCAAGUGUGACACUUACCAGUCAGAAGAACCUAGCAAUAAUGUAGACGUGAGCCUAAGGCAUGAAGGAAUCCUUGAAGAAGCAGUUACAAGUGAAGAAGGAACCAUUUCCACUACAAUACCACUCUUGAGUGACUAUACCAGCAUGGAGUUCAGCCAGAAAGCCCUGGUGGGUCAGACAGUGAAGUCACCUGCAAGAACUGCUCAUCCUCAUCUGGAAAUGGAACUAAGCAACAAGCCAGCACAAAGGAAAAGUCAGGUUUGGUUUGGUCCCCAAGACUACCUCAAACAAAGCCAGGUAGUAUUUUUGCCAUCUGGACCAACUUUGAUGGGACAAGCCAACUCAAACUGAAGUAUCUUCAAAAUUUCCAAUACCAUAAAGUCAAGUUCCAAAAAUUCCGAUGCUUGAAUGAAGCCGUUAGGACAGUAUAGGACAGUGAGCUUGUGACAAUCCUUCUGCAAGUGUAUCCUUCAGUAAGCUUCCUUGACGAACUAGAUUGAUUAUAUAAUUAGAUUAGCUAUCUCACCGCAGUUAUUCUGUGGAAAUUCCUACUGUAUUCACACAGGCAAAACUUUCAGGGAACUGUAUGAAAAACCUUCCAGUAAGGUACUUCUUGGUAGGUGUCUAGUCCUAGGUGCUCAGGAAGCCAUUUCAAGGCUUCCACUCUAAGCACAAUAUUGUUCUAGUCACCAGGAGAGUUCUCUAAUUACUGUGUCAGGUUCAAGACCUGAUUUUCAGAUCUGAUAAGUUUUUCAGUUAAAAUUCCAUCAAAAGUGUCCACCAUUCCAAAGAAAAUCUCCAGCUGGCCAAGGCUGACCAAACGAAAGAGAGGAAAGCUUUGAAUUUAGGAAUAGGAAAUUAUACUUAUCCAUCUAUGUAUAGUGCUUUACAUCUUAGAUCUUUGCACCUUUAUUUAUCUUAGAUGAAUAGUGCCAUAUAAAUGAAGAUCAUGGUAAGUAUCAUUGUUACUAUUGUUUACUUGCAUUAAAUUACAGCUCUUUC